ACAUGCUCCGUGCCGCUGCCGACCGCUCGCGCUCGAUGGAGAAGAACGUCCGGCACGGCGCGCUGCGCUGGCCUGACCGCGCACACGACCGGCGCUCCGCCGCGGUCGGAGGCGCACGUGCGGUCGCAGCCGCGCUUGCGCGACGUCCUCUUCGGCCCGCGGGAGGCGAGGCGGGGCGGCGGAGGGGAGGACGAGCCGCCGGGCGGCGCGCGCGAGCUGCAGCGGCUGUACGAGCUGCUACUCGGCUGCCUCGAGUACGAGCCGGACCAGCGCCUCACAGCGGCGGACGCGCUCAAGCAGCCAUUCCUCGCGCCGCACACGGCGCCGCUGCCGCCGCCGGCGUAACGGGAGGGGAGGCGCACCUCGCCGCAGUCUGCUGGCAGGCCGCUGGCAGGCUGGUCGCCGAUGCCGCAGCCGAUGCCGCAGCCGGGACGACGGCGGGAGACGGCUCAACGGCGCCAUGGCCGGUGGUCACGCAGGCAGCGCCCACUGCAGCUGCUCUAAACCGAUACGGUAGAGCGCGCGCCCCCGUACCGCCUCAGCAGCUCCAUGAGGUGUACGGCGUGUACUGGAUCCUCGGAGAGUAAAUUGUGAGCUCGUACGGUCGAACGGCUCUAGCUCGUGCAGGUGCCGACAUGUGCAUGUAUGUACCCCGUGCAAACGCGUCAAGCCGAAUAAUACUUUCUGAUUAU